AUGUCAGCCUUCCAAAAUUUCAAGGAUAGAGGACACGCAUUUUUGCGCGCCUUUAAAUUAAUAUCCAACAAAAAAAUACAAACACGGAGGGCACUUGUUUUAAAUAUCUCGCUUCUCUCUACAAACCCUAAGGCAUCGCCACCUCCCUUCUCUCUAGGACAUGCUAGGGUCCAUAAAUCAUCUCUUGCGGCUGAACAUGCGGCGGUCAGAAACUUUGACACUGCUAUGCGGUUGCUCAGCCACCAACUUGGCAUAAAGAACCUCACACUGUUGAAAUCACUGUUUCUUGGUCUUCACAUGGGGAGUCAUGCUUUCCUGCGUGCUUUCACUUCAGGUCCAUUGAUCUCAUUGGCUAUUGAGCGUGGCUGGAGUGAGUCAACAAGCCCUAACGUCGGGGCCCUACCUGCACUCGUGUUCGAGUUCUCUCAGUUAGAAGAAAAACUCAAAGUUGGCUAG